AUGAUAAAAGUAUUUAAAGAUUUAAAAUUUUUAAUUUUAAUAACCAUAAUAUUAUUAAAUUUAAAAAGUAUAAAUUGUAAAAUUAUUUAUGGAGAUUCAGUAUCAUUUGAAAGAGUAUUAUCACCACAACUUGGUAAGAAUAUUACGUUGCCAUGGGGUAAAGAUAAGGUAAUUCAUUUGUGUAAUCCACAUGGAGAAGAAUCUAUACCAGUUUUAGUUUCAAACAAUAUACCAUUGGGUAAACUUGCUUCAAAUGAUGAAAAUUUCUUGGCAAUUUUUGGAAACCAAUCAUUUGCUAGAUUGUUGGCUCAUUUUAAUUGUAAGAAAACAGAGGAAACUUGUAUUAGAUUACGUACUGAUUUGCCAGUAUUUACAAGUUGUCUUUUAAUUGGUUCAGUUGAUGGGUUUGAUCAUGUUACUUUCAAUUCAUCGUUGAGUGGUGUACCAACCAAUAUGAAUUCAUGGAAUGUGGAUACCGUUGGUAAAUUUUCAAAUAAUCUUACAAGUGCUGGUAGAAUUAUAGUAAAGAAUGAUAAUAAUCAAAUUUCAUUGGGUUGCUUUGAAGAAGGUGAUAAAAACAAUUUGAACUAUAUUUUAAUGCAUCCAAAUAAUCCAAUUGAUACCAUUGAUAUAUGUUAUAAAUCAUUUAAUGAAGAAUCAGAGUAUGUUUUAUAUGGCCUAGUGGAAUGUGGUGAUACUUCAAAAUCUUCAUUCUCUAUUAGUGGCUAUGUUUUCUUUGAUAAAUAUUAUAGUAGUUCGCGAAUUAAUAAUCCACCUGUUGCUGGUCAAAUUGUAUAUAUUCAACAAAAAAAUGGUGUGGUUUAUGAUUUAGAUGGUAAACGUGUAAAUCAAACAAUUACAGAUGCAAGAGGUUUCUAUUAUUUUAAUAAUAUUCCAGGUGGUGAUUAUCAAGUUUACAUUACACCAAGUGAUCCAGAUACACUAUAUAGUCCUGAUGUUGAUUCAAAUUUACAAGAUCCAUAUACAAACAAAGCAACCAAUGGUUCAAUUGAAACCUAUAUCUAUAUCAAUGGAAGUGGUGUUGUACCAGUUAGUAAAACCAAUUUCGAUGAUAUUAAAUUAACAUCGGUUUAUGUUAUUCGUGAAAUGAAUAUUGGUAUCUUACCAAAGAAUAUUUCAAUGGAAGGUUUGGUUUUCAUUGAUUAUAAUGCCAAUGGUCAAAUGGAUACUGCCGUUACCAAUACCUCUGCUCAAGAUAAACCAUACUCUGGUGUAAGAGUACAAUUACUAGAUGAAAAUAGAGUUGUAAGAGAUGUUAUCACUGGUGAUGAUGGUAUUUUCAGUUUUCCAGAUGUUCCAUAUGUCUCAACUGGAUAUAUUGCAGUGAUUUACACACCAAGUGGUAAUGUAAUGACAAAUUAUCCAUUCCCACCAUCACCAUUGGCUGGUGAAAUUAUAAACUUGGAGAUUGUACCAAAUAAUAUAUUAUUGGUCGGUUUAAUUAAUAAUGAAAACUAUUGUCAAGAUUCACCAUUGAUGGCAAUUAUUUGUUAUGCAAAUCAAGGUUAUAAUGAAUCACAUGCUGAUGAUCCAGUUUUAAUUACAUUCCCAUCCAAUGCAAAUAAACAUCUCUAUAAUAUGCCACAUGGUACAGUUCAACAUAUUGCCACACAUAAAGAAAUUGGUUCAGUUUAUGGUGUUGGUGUUGAUAGAGUGAAUGGUGAUAUUUAUACAAGUGCAUUUAUGAAAUACUAUUCUGGAUUUGGACCAAGUGGAACAGGUGCAAUUUAUAAAUCUACAACUAAAAACAAUGAUUAUCAAACUUCAUUAUAUUUUGAUUUGAAUAAAGCAAUGAAUCAAGAGGAUUAUUGUGGUACAGACUCACAUAUUUAUCCAAUGGAUAAUUAUGAUGGAGGUGUUGAAAAGGUUGGAAAGAUUGCAUUUGGUGAUUUAGAUAUUCACAAUGGUUCACUCUAUACCAUUGCAUUGGCAACCAAAGAGUUGUUAAGAGUUUCAAUUUCAGAUCCAAGAGAUUUCCAACUUUAUAAUAUCUAUAAUCCAUGUAUUGAAGAACCAGAUGAUUGGCGUCCAUUUGCAUUGGGAUUACGUCAUGGUAAUAUAAUUAUUGGUGGUGUUUGUUCUAAAGAAUCUGAUUCAACCAAUAUACCAGUUGGUUAUAUUAUGGAAAUGAGUGGUAAUAUUUUAUUAACUGUUCCAAUGGAUUUCCCAAGAGGUUGUAAAUCAUUUGGUGGUUCAUUCUGUAUUCCAGGUGAAUAUUCAGCUUGGUCAAGUGUUUAUUUCGAAUCACAACCUUGGAUUUCAGAUUUAACAAUGGAUGGUGAAGAUAUGAUAAUUUCAAUUCGUGAUCGUGGUGGUGAUUUAGAUCGUGAUGUUGGUACCUAUGAUAUGUUAAGAGCUUGCUUUGAUGGUGAUCAAUUAAUACUUGAGAAUAGUGGAAUUUGUGGAGGUGUUCCUGGUGCUCAUCUAUUACCUUCUGGUUAUUUCGGUACACCUGACGGUAUCAAUAGUGGUGAAUAUUACAAUGAUAAUUUCUAUUAUCCAACUGAUAAUGAUGGUCAUGAUAAUGUAGCUUCGACUUCUGGUGUUGUAAUUCCAGGUUAUCAUACUCUCUUUGGUUCUUCAUUAGAUAUCGAUAGUGUUGGACAAGGUACUGUUAAAGUUUGGGAUAAUAAAAAUGGUCUAUUACUAUAUGGUAUUGGUGUUUAUCUUCAAAGUAAUGAAAAUCCAACAAAUAAUUUUGGUAAAGCAAAUGGUUUAGGUGAUAUGGAACCAAUUUGUUAUAAUUAUAUUAAAUAA